AUGAAUUCAUCAAUUUACAGUUCAGGCACUGUUUUUACUUUCAGAGAUUUUGACGAGGCUAAUAUCUCUGAUGAAAUAUCUUCUGAGGGAAGCAGCACUCUCUUCCAAGUCAGAGAGACCGUGGGAGCAAGAUCAAUGGGAAGCUCUCCAUUUUCUAAGUCGAAGAACGACUUCGGAAAUGAGCAUUUACUUGCAAUGAAUGAUCAGAGAAUUUUCAAAACUAAUGCAAACGAUGCUGACAAAAAUUCUUAUGAUAAAGAGAAUGAUCUAAGGCAUAAAUCAGCAACACAGAGAGACAUUAGUGAUCUUUUGAAGAAGCUGGCCAAACAAAGAAAAAUGGCUUCAUUGAACUAAUUUCAAUGUUUCUCUAAUAUUACUAAAGGGCUCUACAGCAUAUAAUGCUUAGAGUCCUUUUGGAUCCUUUAUAAUUAAUUACUAAAACCUUCUC